AGAACAUCGUCACUUACUUACAGCUGUGCGGAAUACUGCGGAUUUCUUUCUUGUCAAUAGAUUCACUUUGAAGAGAGUCGCGGAGUUUUAUUGAAAAAGGCAUCUGUCUCUAAAACUACCGACAUUCCCAGUUUCUUGCGGCGCGAUUCACUCAGCCACAGCCAUUCCUCGUCAUCGUACCUUCGGGUUUGCCUUGCCAGCUCCGAGAGGGUCCAAAAUCACGCUUUACGCACACCUCAAGUCAGCGCCGUUCUCAAUCUCCCUUUGACAACAUCAGCAACCAGCGCAUUCGAUUCCUGGACUCUGCGAGAAUAAACCGACCAUCUACGGAGUUUUUGGUCCAUCGGGGAGAAGGAGAUGUCCUUCAAAGGCUUUCAGAAAAGCGUCAUUCGGGCGCCGCAAACGUUCAAGGCGAAAUUCAACAUUGGAGAGCAUACGAAAGAUGCGGUCUAUAUUGAUGCCGAACGGCGGUUCCAGGAGUUGGAGACUGAGACCAAGAAACUCCACGAUGAGUCGAAGAAGUACUUCGAUGCUAUCAACGGAAUGAUGACCCACCAAAUCGAAUUCUCGCAAGCCAUCGCCGAAAUCUACAAGCCAAUUUCUGGCCGAGUAUCGGAUCCAGACUCCAUAGUUCAGGAAGGGAAUCCGGAGGGCAUCCGGGCUUGCGAAGAGUACGAGGCAAUUGUGAAGGAUCUCCUGGCCACAUUACAACCCGAGCUGGAGAUGAUCGAGACCCGAGUUAUCCGACCGGCAGACGAAUUACUAGAAGUAGUGAAGGUUAUCCGAAAGACUGCAACGAAGCGACAGCAUAAACAACUAGACUAUGACCGACAUCGAGCAACUCUAAAGAAAUUACAAGAUAAAAAGGACAAAAGUCUCAAGGAUGAGAAGGCGAUGUACAAGGCCGAGAACGAUGUGGAACAAGCGACUCAGGAGUUCAAUUACUUCAAUGACUUGCUAAAGGAUGAGUUACCGAAACUGUUCCAAUUGGAACGGGAGUUCAUCCGACCACUGUUCCAAUCCUUCUACUACAUGCAGCUGAACGUCUUCUACACUCUCCACGAGAAGAUGCAAGGAUGUGACAUUGGAUAUUUCAACCUCCAGCUCGACGUCGAAGAAGGCUUCGAAGCAAAACGAGGAGACAUCCAAUCCCAAGCCGAAGCCCUCUCGAUCGUCAAAUUCAAAACCACCGGAGCUAAGCGACCUCCUGGCAGACUCGGAGCCCCGAACAGCAGGCUCGCCAUCGAAUCCGGCAAGUCCUCACCACUCUCUCCCAAAGCCAUAACCGCGGGACCCUCCUCGCGGCAUUCUAUUUCCAACGACGACGAGAAACCACCCCCACCAUACUCGACCGGCUUGACGCCUGGCAGCGGCGAAACAACCGUCGCGCGUGCGAACUCGACCGGUGCCGCGUGGGGGGCAGCAGCAAAAGCAAAAGGAGCAGCUCCGCCUCCCCCAAAGCCAAAGCCCUCGAGAUUGAGCGGAGCACCUGCAGCGGAGACGGUGACGGCUCUAUAUGACUACGAAGCUCAAGCAGAAGGAGACCUGAGCUUCACAACCGGAGAGGUGAUUGAGAUCGUCACAAGAACAAACAACGAGAAUGAAUGGUGGAUUGGAAAGAUCAAAGGGCGACAAGGACAAUUCCCAGGAAAUUAUGUGAAACUUAAUUGAGAUACGUCAAAGAAAGCCAAGAUACCUUCCCUUCCCAGCAAAGUUUCACCCACGCACGCAUAAUGAAGAGACGAUAUCUCAAGGGAUUCGGAGACCGGCGUGAAGCUAUCUACCUAUCUCUCUGAAGAAAGGAGACACGCGGCGGUCAGAGUGGGAUAUAAGGGUUUCUGCAUGGGUUUGAAGCAAGCAAGCUGGCAAGGCAGUCGAUGAAAUUAGCACAAGCAUGUAAUACAGAGAGUUAAUCGAAGAUUUUCUCCACGAGCUACA